ACGAGAUCCUUCCCGAGCAAAGCCAUGGGAGUCACUUGUUGGGUGCCUGAUUCCAAUUCUGGCCUUGAUAUCAACCACUGGAUUGCUGAGUUGGUGUGGAUGGAAGUUUCAGUUGGAGUUGACGACGUAUUCAUAAUUCUUCGAGCUUGGGACCGAACAAGUGCUGAUGACGACGUUCCCGAACGGAUGGCGUUGACUUUGGAGGAAUCUGGUCCUAGCAUCCUUAUCAGUUCCAUUACGAAUGCAAUGGCGUUUUUCAUCGGCAUGACCUCACAAACACCUGCUGUGCGGUCAUUUUCGCUUUACUCAGCUAUAGCGAUCUCAAUAUGCUUCUUCUAUCAGCUAAUUAUGUUCAGUGCGGUCUUAUCGGCUAGCGGAUACCGAGAAAGAAGAGGCAUGCAGAGCUUCUUCUGCUGCAAAAAAGCAAAUCCAAAGGUAUAUCAUCUUUUAAUGGACAAGUCGCAAGAUGUUCCUUUCUACAAGGCAUCAUUACUAUAG